AUAAAACGUACGAACAGUUGCAGGGAUUAUUUUUUACUUAUCCUGGUGUUAAUUGAGCAGUGGAUUUAACGUGACUUGGUUUUUAUUCCUCAGCGAUUUGUGGAAAUUUUUUUUUCAGAGUUCUGGAUUAACGGUCAGGUCAUUGAUCAAAUUAAUCAAAAGAAAUGUCGAACCCGGUGAGCCCAUCGUUGAAGGACCUCCCAAAGGUCUCCCUGGACCUGAAGAGCGAACUCGAGGGCUUCAAACACGACAACAUGAAGAAAGCCCCAACCAUCGUCAAAGAUGUCCUACCAUCAGCCGAAGACGUACGACAGGAACGACAGCAUUCAGACUUGAUUCACGACGUGGAGACGUUUAAAGCAGGAAAAUUGAAGCACGCAGAUACAAAAGAAAAAAUUGUAUUACCAAAUGCAACAGAUGUUGCUGCUGAGAAGACGCAGCAGACUUUGCUCUCUGGUAUUGAGGCUUUUGAUACGACCAAACUGAAGCACACAAAAACUGAGGAGAAGAACCCCCUGCCAGACAAGACCGCUAUCGAGCAGGAGAAGGGAAAGCAGCAGUUCAUUUCCGGGAUCGAGAACUUCGAUCCAGCCCAGCUGAAACAUGCUGAGACACUGGAGAAAAAUCCCUUGCCAACCAAAGAGGCCAUCGCCGCCGAGAAAAUAGCAGCUUAAACGUUCCACCAUUGUAUUAAGAAUCAUCGAAGCGUUUGCCCGACAUUUUCAUAUUUCUUUUCAAUUAUCUAACGUCUUAAUGAUUUACCAAUACGUUACCACAUGCAAAAUUUAAUGCGAGAGAAUGAAAAUCGCGUUUGAGCGUUAGUAAACACCACGACGGGGACAAAAGUGUCGGUGGAAUUAUUUAAAUUCGCUUAUUAAUGAUGAACAAAAAGGAUUCAGAGGUUUUUCAAUCAGGAAAGGAAGAGAACAUGAAAGUUAGCUGUCACUGCAAAAGAAAGGCUGUCGAAAAUCUGCCCUAUGGCCAGUAUUUAUCCAACGGAAUUGGUGCAAUUUAAUGGAUCUGCGUAUUAUUACAUGAAUCCCAGGGUCUUCUCAAAUCAUUCAGUACUACAAAUGCGCAGGAAAUUAAAUUUAUAAGGUCAUUUCAGUACCCUGUGGAGUAAAACGAGCAUCAAACCCAGACUAGAUUCGUUUAUGACGAAUAUCUCGACCGGAAACGGAUAUACAGGAAUUUAUAUUGGAACUUUUUUGUAGAGAAUUUCAAGACCUGCAAAAAAGUCCCUACGAGAAUUUCGCUAUCUCUUAUCAGUUUCGAGAUAUUUCCUUACAAUGAACGUGAGAAAUAAAUGCAGUUGUGAUAAAUUAGUUCAACUCCAGGGGAAAUUGGUGGAUAUCUCGGAAUCACAUGGAGAUAGCGAAAUUUUUAUAGAAAACUUUUUUGUAAGAAAUUCAAAGACCUACAAAAAAGGUUCUAUGUAAAUUGCGCUAAUUUGUGUCUAUUCUCCGGAACUCGCGAAAAACCGACUCGAGUUUUUGAGACACUGAUCUCGUUUAAAUUCGCAGUGUCGUACUGAGUUCUUCCCUCUCCGCGUAAAUUUCUCAUACUUCUAUCACGAUAAAAAUAAACAUUUUGAUAUCGUAAUCGAUGAACGACUGGAACGGCGUAAUUUUACAUGCGUUUACAGAUGUAUUUGAUCGGUAGAAGGUUGAUAUACUUUUGUAAGAAUUUCAUAUUUUAUAUAACGGGCUAUUGUACUUUUUUAACAAUUUUUUAUGCACUGCAUAUUGUCCUAAUGAAGUAAUUUCGAUGAAUAAAUGAGAAAAAAACAUCUUUGUA